CUCUAUCACUAACUACACUUACUGUCCAAUGAACCCAACCAAUAAACAAUAUCUGUUUAACAUUACAACUACUAAUAAAGCUGGGAAUGGAUCUACUAAUAACGUGUCUAUUGAAUUUCAAACAAGUUCAGAGUUCCUGAGCAUUUACCAAGAAACUUUUACACAUCAAAUGAACAAUGAUUGGAGUUUAUCUUUCAUUAUAUCAAGCAGCUUGUGUCACGUGUCACUUGCUAAUAUUACAGUAACAAGUUGUACUGUUGAUAAUUCUAGUAUUUGCUAUUCAUCAACAGCAGUGUCUAUCAUUAAUAUCUCAUACAAUAACAUUUCCCUUGCUGCUAUUAUCAGUCUUCCCUCAAGAGAGAUACUGGAUACUACUGUUAUGAUACAUUAUCAAAAUAAAGCAAAUUUUCACAGCAAUACUAUCAGAAUCAGCACUUAUGAUCUUCAGCAACUAACAUUGAUUAAUACUUCAUUUAAUGAGGUCUGCUUGGAGUUUAAUUUUGUUACUGGCAGCACAACUAGCAGUAUUUACAUUUAUAUCUGUGGUUAUGAAGACUCAUAUUCUCAACUAGAGUAUUACAGUAUAUCUCAUAAUGAUCGAUUCAACUUUAUUCAGUGCAUUACUAACAUACCAGCAGGUAACAACUUAACACUGCAGGUAAUGGAGGACUGUACUCCUAAUCCUUCUGCUGUAUUAACUGGUAUCAAUAUUAGUGAAGCUGCUAUAGUCUGUAGUAAUACUUUUACACAGAACACAAUGAGCUCAGUAGCUUCAUAUGAAGACUCCUUUUCUCCAAGCAGUUCAGAAUUGCUUUAUUCUACCUCAGCAAUUGCAUCAGUUUCUUCUACAACUGCUAUACCGGUAGAUGAUUGCACUAAGUGUACAAUGGAAAGUCAAAAUGAUGUUCUUGUCACUAGUAGUAAGUUGCAAUUGCAAUGAUUAUCAUUCUUUACUAUUGGCUGUUUACUGUACAGCAGUAUUGAUUAGUCUAUUAGGAUUAUUCCUCAUCCUAUCACUAGUACUCCAU